AACGCAAAGUUGGCCAGCGAGGGCGGGAGUAAGAGCCGCACCCUUUCUCAGGAGCCAAUAGAGAAGAGGAACGAUAAAGCGUUUCCUGAGUUCGGGGGUCGGCGGAAGAUGGCGGCCGCCGAAAGGGGCUGGUGCUUGUGCGAGUUGUUGAGGUUUUUUUAUUCAUUAUUCUUCCCUGGGCUAAUUGUAUGUGGAACUUUAUGUAUAUGUUUGGUCAUUGUCCUUUGGGGGAUCAGACUGCUGCUACACAGAAAGAAAAAGUCCGUGUCAACUAGCAGAAAUGGGAAAAAUGAAACGGUGGUUGCAUUUUUUCAUCCAUACUGCAAUGCUGGUGGAGGAGGAGAAAGAGUUUUAUGGUGUGCCUUAAGAGCCCUGCAGAAAAAGUAUCCUGAAGCAGUUUAUGUUGUUUAUACCGGCGACAUAAACGUCAGUGGUCAACAGAUCUUAGAAGGUGCUUUCAGAAGAUUUAACAUCAGAUUAACUCGCCCAGUGCAGUUUGUUUUCUUAAAGAAACGCUACCUUGUGGAAGAUUCACUCUAUCCUCACUUCACACUGCUGGGCCAAAGUCUAGGAUCCAUUUUUCUUGGCUGGGAAGCUCUGAUGCAGUGUGUUCCUGACAUUUACAUCGAUUCAAUGGGAUAUGCUUUCACACUUCCUCUGUUUAAGUACAUAGGGGGUUGCCGAGUUGGAAGCUAUGUUCAUUAUCCCACUAUCAGCACUGACAUGCUCUCUGUAGUUAAGAAUCAAAAUGUUGGAUUUAAUAAUGCAGCCUUCAUUACCAGGAAUCCAUUUCUCAGCAAAGUAAAACUCAUCUACUACUAUUUAUUUGCUUUUGCUUAUGGACUUGUUGGUUCUUGCAGUGACGUAGUCAUGGUCAAUUCUUCUUGGACACUGAAGCAUAUUCUGUCACUGUGGAAGGCUGGGAAUUGCACUAAUAUUGUUUAUCCACCUUGUGAUGUACAGACAUUUCUGGACAUUCCCUUACAUGAGAAGAAGGUGACCCCAGGACAUUUACUGGUUUCUGUUGGCCAAUUUAGGCCUGAAAAGAAUCAUCCUUUGCAGAUCAGAGCCUUUGCUAAAUUGCUGAAUAAGGUGGCUGAGUCAUCUCCUUCUCUUAAACUUGUCCUCAUUGGAGGCUGUCGUAACAAAGAAGAUGAACUUAGGGUAAACCAACUAAGAAGGCUGUCUGAGGACUUAGGAGUUCAAGAAGAUGUGGAAUUUAAAAUAAACAUUCCAUUUAAUGAAUUAAAGAAUUACUUGUCUGAAGCAACAAUUGGUCUGCAUACCAUGUGGAAUGAGCAUUUUGGGAUUGGAGUUGUGGAGUGUAUGGCAGCUGGGACAGUCAUCCUCGCACACAAUUCAGGGGGCCCGAAGCUUGACAUUGUUGUACCUCACGAAGGAGACAUAACUGGAUUUCUGGCUGAGACUGAAGAUGGCUAUGCUGAGACUAUGGCUCAUAUUCUGUCUAUGUCUGCAGAAAAGAGACUCCAAAUCAGAAAAAAUGCUCGUGCAUCUGUAAGCAGAUUCUCUGAUCAGGAGUUUGAAGUGACAUUCCUAUCAUCUGUGGAAAAGUUAUUUAAAUAAUGCCAUAUACGUACAAAUUAAAGGUAUUUUAUAUAAAAUGGUUAAACACCUUCAUAUGCAAAUAUUUUUCUAAAUUCAUUCCCUAUUGUAAUAAAGUCAGCCUGUGCUAUAUUCUUAGCAUUAUGUAUAUAGGCAAGAUAUUUAUUUCAAUGAAAAAAGGCAAAAUUACCUAAAUGGAAAAGGUAAUCUUAUAUAGCUUAAAUGUAAAAAUGUUAGAUUAGUAUUUCGUCUUAAAUUCUGAAAAAUGUGAAUCUGAAAGAAAAAAAUUAAUCAUGAAAUUUGCUAUAAUCCAUAUUAUUUAAAUCCCAUUUUUCAAAUCACUUUAGGAAACAGGAAAGAAAAUUUCCUUUUAGAAGGAAAUUUUCUGUCAGCGUCUACUUGUGCUAAAAAAGAAAGAAAGAAAGGAAAUGUUGAAAAGAAAAUGGAUGACUGAUAACUGGUAUUUUAGAAUUGUUCUGACAUUUUUGGAACACAGAAAAAUUAUGGUACAUUUAAAUUCUAAACAAUAUUGUGGGUGAUACUUUUUAAUAUGCCUAUGAUUUUCUUUAAAGAAACUGUAAACAGGCUUAUUUAAUCAUGUUCCCAAAGCAUAUAGUCAAGAGAUGAGACUGAUGUUUUAUCAUUGCGUGUAAGUAUGUAGAGGCCAAAGUACUGCCAGCAGUUCUUUCCAUAGCUAGGCAUUUGUGCAAAUUGUUUUUUGUUCAGGACUAUCAGCCCAUUUGUGUGGAUCUCUCAUUAUCCCUUAACAGCUCCACAUCUCAGAGGCUGGAAGUCAGCCUUAAAGUCUUUCAAGAGAACCCCAAGUCGUUUUUCUGACAGAGACCCAUGUGCAAAAUGCAUUUUGAAAAGAGCACUGGACAAGCAGUUAGCAUUCCUGAGCCUACCUUCAGCUUCAUCUUUUACAAACUUCUGACCUUUUGACACCAAAGCUGCCCCUUAAUCUUUCUGAGUUCAGAGUCUUCGUUUAUAAUCUGGAGAUGUUAAUAUUAAAUACCUAUCCUCACUACCUUUUACAGUUGUGAUACUGAGGUGGAAAGUGUGUGAAACUACUUUGAAAAUUAUAAAAGUUACUUUAAUUAAAGGUAACAAUAUAUAGUAAACGUUUUAUGUAAUGCUAUCUUUAUCAAUGCAUUAUUACAAGUUUAUGUAGAUUCUUGGUUACUAAGUCAAUAGCUAGGAAUUGGUAUAAAUUUAAUUUGAUUUCUAUCCUGAAUAACUGACAUAUUAAAGUGAAUAUGCAUGUGUGUGCAGAUAAUGGCUGUAAAGACCUAUGACUUUUGCAUUUUCUGCAAACAUAGCAUUUCCUUCUAGUUCAGUGAAUGGAAACCCUACAUACAGUGUGAUUUAUCUUUGUGUUGCAGCCUCCUCUCAACCAUUCGUCAGUCGGGCCAGCUUCAUUAUCUGCUCCUUAUGUUGUUGGUUCAUCUGCAGGCCAUCUUGUGUCAUCAGAUCAAAAAACAAAACAGUCAGUCGCAGGAUGUUCUGACACACCAGCAUAGCUUUGUGUUUGAGAUGACUCCAUUUAGAAAAGAAAGACUGGUAGAAAUUGGAGUGAAAGGAACCCUGCAAAAUCUCUAGUCCAGUUUUCUCUUAUUUUCAACUUUACAGACAAGAAUGAUUUAAAGAAUGUAGUAGACUGCUUCAGUGUCACAAAGCUGUUUGAAGAAAGAAUCAGGAUUAUAACCUGAAUAUAUAGCCCAGUGCUUUUUCUCAUUUCAUACCUAGUCUUUGAAGUAAGAUUCAUAGUGUUGCCCACUCAACCUCCUAGUCUAUGCAAAUUAUGGGACCAAAGCUAAAUUGAAAUGGACAGAGCAAAAGUAGAGGAUGUAGUGAAAGAAAAAAGUAUUCUGGAAUUCCUCCUGCCUCAGCCACACGAGUAGCUGGGACUACAGGCA